CUGAAAGUACGGUAUAUGUUUCUCUGGCUAAAGAAAUUAAAAAUCGUUGGUAAAAGUCGAAGGUUUUGAUGCGACAUGUAACAAUGUCGAUCCUGGUUUUCCUGGCUAUAUUGGGAGUAUGUCUACAUGACUCCGCAGCUGUGACUCACUCUCUGAAGUAUUUCUACACUGCGUCUUGUGGAGUCCCAAACUUCCCAGAGUUCGUGACUGUUGGGUUGGUUGAUGAAGUUCAGAUUUUUCACUAUGACAGUAACACCAUGAAAGCAGAACCCAGACAGGACUGGAUGAGCAGCGUCACAGCAGAUGAUCCUCAGUACUUGGAGAGGAACACACAGGGAUUGAUUGGUCAACAGCAGGUCUUCAAAGCCAACAUUGGAGUUGCAAAGCAGCGCUUCAACCAAACUGGAGGUGUCCACAUUUACCAGAACAUGUACGGCUGUGAGUGGGACGAUGAGACUGGAGAGGUUAAAGGUUAUGAUCAGUAUGGUUAUGAUGGAGAAGACUUCAUAGCAUUUGACCUGAAGACAGAGACAUGGAUCGGUCCAAAACAACAGGCUGUCAUCACCAAACACAAGUGGGAUCAUAACAGAGCUGUGAUCGCACAGGAAAAAAACUACCUGACCCAGAUUUGUCCUGACUGGCUGAAGAAGUAUGUGGACUAUGGGAGGAGCUCUCUGCUGAGAAAAGGUAGAAUCACAUGA